CUGCGUUGUUGGCGUAGGGUUUUAGCCCAUUUGCAAAGAUGACUCGUCUCUGAAUUCUAAUCUCUCUAUCAUCUCUUUUUCUCACGGUCGCAGUAUAAUAUAUAUAGAACAAAGGGAGAGAAGAUGCACUCUCUAAAGACUACUUGUGUUGGGCCAAUAUUUGCUCUAGCUAAGCCCCACGACUCUGUAGGCAAGAGAACUCGUAAUCGUAUCCCCAAAGAGGAGAGAAAGACACUGGUUGAAUCUUUUAUCAAGAAGCAUCAAAGGCUAAACAAUGGGAAUUUUCCAUCACUUAGCCUCACACACAGGGAGGUUGGUGGGUCUUUCUACACAGUUAGGGAGAUUGUCAGAGAGAUUAUCCAAGAAAAUAGAGUCCUUGGUACUAGUGACCUGAUUCUUGAGAGUAAAGAGCAUGACCAUUUGCAAGAUCAAAAUCUGUCAAGUUCUUUACUGAUGGAUCCUGUGCCCCCUUUAUCUUUGUCCCCAAACGGAUUCCAUCUUUCUUCAGAGGUUGGGGAGACGAAGUCAGGUGAAAAUGGGGACAACAUUAACGGUAGCCAGGCUGCCUCUGAAGACAGAGAAUCUGAUGUAUUGAAGGAGAUGGAAGUAAACAUAUAUCAACUUUCCGGAGAAGACGUAGCGCUGCUCGCACACGAGCCAGUGGACUCUACUGACAUAUCCAGGACUCAGUUUGCAGGAUCUUGCGGUGAAGAGAAUGAUACCAAGCAUGAUACAGUGCAGACAGUAUGUGACAGUUUUACCUCUAAACCUCAGGACCAGAAAGACAGAGGAUUUGAGGUAACACCUUUCAUUGAAUCAAAAGGCACAAAACCUGUUAUAAAUGAAGAAAGAGUGAAUGAUGAUGGAGCAGUGAUGACCGAAAGGGUGAACAUGACUGAGAAUACAAUAGGCACAGCUGAUUUGCCAGCAGAAGCAGUUGUUGUUGAAACAUUUCCAAUGAGAUCUGUGACUUCAAUAAUGGAGUCAUCUGAUGUAAAGCCUAGUGAGGUGGCUAGAGUUUGUGAGGAUGAGAAAGGAACUGAGGAUAGCAGCACCGAAACUUCUGUUGAUCUUGGAGAGAUUCCUUCAGCCAUUUCCACUGUACCUGAAGAACAAGAGCGAGAAGUCAUUGGAGGUCAAAUGCCAAAUCAAGUCUCUGUCGCUAAAGUUGAAGAGGAAACUGUGAAUCCUGCUUCUGUAGAUGUUGAAUCUGCUGAUACUAAAGAGACGGUGGUGGCGAAUGCUGUGGUUGGCAACAUCCAUGAGACUAAGGAAUUUAGUAAUGGAAGUUUGAGAACAGAACGGACAAUGCCAACAUCUGUCACUGAGUCUGGAAGUUUUAAGAACGACAUAACUAGGAGUGAAGUCACAAGUGUUGAGAAGACAACCAUGGGAAAAGGGAAACACGAUGCUUCAGAUAGUUCAAGCUCUCAGAAAGGAAACAUUGCACCAUUAAACAGAAUUAAACCUGAAUCGUGGAAAGGGAAAUCUAAUGUGGCAGGACAUGAACCAAAUCCCCUUGUGGCAGUUCUAAAAUCUCUUUUCACAGCCUUUGUGAAGUUUUGGUCCGAGUGAUAAUAUAUUGUAGAGAUAUGCAAGCUGGUUUGAGUAUUAGUAGUUUUUGUUAGUGAGAGUUGGCAAGGUUAAGAUGAGAUAUGGUUUGAAUUGUGUUGUGCAAGUUUUGUGUUGGAUAUUAUGGGUUGAAACAUAUGAAUGUAGUUUAAUCAGAGAUGAAAAGUAAAACCCUGCGAAUGCUAAAGAUCAUGGCAC